CGCCGGCGGCGAGGGGCGGGGGAGGAGGAGGAGCGAACGGGACUCGGGGGGCGGCUGCACAGUCUCCGGGAUCCCCAGGCCUGGAGGGGGGUCUGCGCGCGGCCGGCUGGCUCUGCCCCCCGUCCGGUCCCGAGCGGGCCUCCCUCGGGCCAGCCCGAUGUGACCGGGCCCAGCGGAGCCUGAGCAAGGAGCGGGUCCGUCGCGGAGCCGGAGGGCGGGAGGAACAUGACAUCGCGGAGAUGGUUUCAUCCCAACAUCACUGGCGUGGAGGCAGAAAACCUGCUGUUGACAAGAGGAGUUGAUGGCAGUUUUUUGGCCAGGCCCAGUAAAAGUAACCCUGGAGACUUCACACUUUCCGUUAGAAGAAAUGGAGCUGUCACCCACAUCAAGAUUCAGAACACUGGGGAUUACUAUGACUUGUAUGGAGGGGAGAAGUUUGCCACUUUGGCUGAGCUGGUCCAGUAUUACAUGGAACAUCAUGGGCAAUUAAAAGAGAAGAAUGGAGAUGUUAUUGAGCUCAAAUAUCCUCUGAACUGUGCAGAUCCUACCUCUGAAAGGUGGUUUCAUGGACACCUCUCUGGGAAAGAAGCAGAGAAAUUAUUAACUGAGAAAGGAAAACACGGCAGCUUCCUUGUGCGAGAGAGCCAAAGCCACCCUGGAGAUUUUGUUCUCUCUGUCCGAACUGGUGAUGACAAAGGAGAGAGCAAUGACGGCAAGUCUAAAGUGACCCAUGUCAUGAUCCGCUGUCAGGAAUUGAAAUAUGAUGUUGGUGGAGGAGAACGGUUUGAUUCUUUGACAGAUCUUGUGGAGCAUUACAAGAAGAAUCCCAUGGUAGAAACACUGGGCACAGUAUUACAACUCAAGCAGCCCCUCAACACGACUCGUAUCAACGCUGCGGAAAUAGAAAGCCGAGUUCGAGAACUGAGCAAAUUGGCUGAGACCACAGAUAAAGUCAAACAAGGCUUUUGGGAAGAAUUUGAGACACUACAACAACAGGAGUGCAAACUUCUCUACAGCCGAAAAGAGGGUCAGAGGCAAGAAAAUAAAAACAAAAAUAGAUAUAAAAACAUCCUGCCCUUUGAUCAUACCAGGGUUGUCCUACACGAUGGUGAUCCCAAUGAGCCUGUUUCAGAUUACAUCAAUGCAAAUAUUAUCAUGCCUGAAUUUGAAACCAAGUGCAACAACUCAAAGCCCAAAAAGAGUUAUAUUGCCACACAAGGCUGUCUGCAGAAUACGGUGAAUGACUUUUGGCGGAUGGUGUUUCAAGAGAAUUCCAGAGUGAUUGUCAUGACUACGAAGGAAGUGGAGAGAGGAAAGAGUAAAUGUGUCAAAUACUGGCCUGACGAGUAUGCUCUAAAAGAAUACGGGGUCAUGCGUGUUAGGAACGUCAAAGAGAGUGCUGCUCAUGACUACACGUUAAGAGAACUUAAACUUUCAAAGGUUGGACAAGCUCUACUCCAGGGGAAUACGGAGAGAACGGUCUGGCAGUACCACUUUCGGACCUGGCCAGACCACGGAGUGCCCAGUGACCCCGGGGGUGUGCUGGACUUCCUGGAGGAGGUCCACCAUAAGCAGGAGAACAUCAUGGAUGCUGGGCCUGUGGUGGUUCACUGCAGUGCUGGAAUUGGCCGGACAGGGACGUUCAUUGUGAUUGAUAUCCUUAUUGACAUCAUCAGAGAGAAAGGCGUCGACUGUGACAUCGACGUUCCCAAAACCAUUCAGAUGGUGCGGUCUCAGAGGUCAGGGAUGGUGCAGACAGAAGCUCAGUACCGGUUCAUCUAUAUGGCCGUCCAGCAUUAUAUCGAGACACUACAGCGCAGGAUUGAAGAAGAGCAGAAAAGCAAGAGGAAAGGGCACGAAUAUACAAAUAUUAAGUAUUCCCUAACGGACCAGACAAGUGGAGAUCAGAGUCCUCUCCCGCCUUGUACCCCAACGCCAUCCUGUGCAGAAAUGAGAGAAGAUAAUGCUAGAGUCUAUGAAAACGUCGGGCUGAUGCAGCAGCAGAAAAGUUUCAGAUGAGAAGACCCACCAAGACUUCAGCACAGAAAUAGAUGUGGACUUUCACCCUCUCCCUAAAAAGAUCAAGAACAGAUGCAAGAAAGUUUAUGUGAAGAAUGAAUUUGAAUUUGGAAUUUGGAAGGCUUGCGUUGCUGUUGACUACCUUUUGAUAAGCAAAAUUUCAAAGCAUUUAAAGACCACUGUAUUCUAACUCAACAAUACCUGAUUUCCAGUUGCUCAUUUCCUCAGAUAAGAAGAAAUCAUCUCUACAAUGUAGACAAUGUUAUAUUUUAUAGAAUUUUAUUUUAAAGUGAGGAAGCAGUUACAUUGUGCUCUAUAUUUUGCAGAUGGUGGUGAUUCAAAUUCCCAUUAUUGGCAUUUUUUUUCUUUCUGUAACCUUAAUAGAUUUAAUUUUUUUCCUCUUUGUGGAGGAUGAUGGGGCACUUGUAAGAGGAAAAAUGAUUGGGGGAAAUUCAGUAACAACAUCCUGUAGAAAUGAGGACAAUUUCAUUUAUCAUCAUCCAUCCCGUAGUGGAUAAUGCAUUUUGAUGGCCUCUUUUUUUGGCUAAAUAAUAGUUAAGCCAAUGCCCCAGACUGUCAGAAGUUGACUGUCUACCUGUGCAUUGCCAUUAAAAACCAUGGGGAAAAUAUCGUGGGAACUUAGGAUAGAAAGCAUGUCUUAUUAGCAGAUGACCAAUUACUGUUGAGCCUGUUGACUGAGAAGGUGGUGGGAAAACGUUUGCCGUAUUUUCUUUUCAUCUGAGUAAUUGUCUUGUAGUUAG